GUGACUGAUCACCUGACUGUGACAUCAUCGCAGGUCCUAUAAGCACACUUCCUGUACAGCUCUGCAGGUGGAGGGGGAAGACAUGAACAAUAUUAACGCUCUAGAGACAGAUGUGAGUGGUGAUGAGCAGUAUAAGGAAGAUAUUCCUACAAGAAAAGAUCUGAUCUAUAAUAAUGCUACAGACAUAAAAGAAAAAGAAGAUGAGACAGAUGUGAGCGGUGAUGAGCAGUAUAAGGAGGACAUUCCUACAGGGAAAGAUCUGAUCGAUAAUAAUGCUACAGACACAAUGAAAGAAGAGACAGAUGUGAGCGGUGAUGAGCAGUAUAAGAAGGACAUUCCUUCAGGGAAAGAUCUGAUCGAUAAUAAUGCUACAGACAUAAAGGAAGAAGAAGAGACAGAUGUGAGCGGUGAUGAGCAGUAUAAGGAGGACAUUCCUACAGGGAAAGAUCUGAUCAAUAUUAAUGCUACAGACAUAAAGGAAGAAGAAGAGACAGAUGUGAGCGGCGAUGAGCAGUAUAAGGAGGACAUUCCUACAGGGAAAAAUCUGAUCGAUAUUAAUGCUAUAGACAUAAAGGAAGAAGAAGAGACAGAUGUGAGUGGUGAUGAGCAGUAUAAGGAAGAUAUUCCUACAGGGAAAGAUCUGAACUAUAUUAAUACUACAGACAUAAAGGAAGAAGAGAGGACAGAUUUGAGCGGUGAUGAGCAGUAUAAGGAGGACAUUCUUACAGGUGACCGCCCAGAUGACUGUACCAGGAGAUCAGAGGGGAAUCUUAUAUCUUCAGAUUAUAAAGCAGAUGAUGAUAUCACACAAGAUACAUAUGAAGAACAUUCCAUUAUCCCAGAUACACCCUCAGCCCUUCACAGCCAAGAUCUCUCAUCUGAUCCUGUUAUACAAGUCCGACCUAAAGAUUCAUCUCAGACUGUUAAACAAAAUAAGGAAAAGCGAUUUUCAUGUGCAGAAUGUGGGAAAUGUUUUCCUUAUAAAUCAUAUCUUGUUAGACAUCAAAUUACACACAUAGGGGAGAAGCCAUUUUCAUGUUCAGAAUGUGGGAAACGUUUUACCGAGAAAUCAUCUCUUGCUGAUCAUCAAAGAAUUCAUACAGGAAAGAAGCCAUUUUCAUGUUCAGAAUGUGGGAAAUGUUUUACUGUGAAAUCAUCUCUUGUUAUACAUCAAAAAAAUCACAUUGGAGAGAAGCCAUUUUCAUGUGCAGAAUGUGGAAAAUAUUUUACCCAUAAGUUAUCUCUUGUUAGACAUCAAAAAACUCACAUUGGAGAGAAGUCAUUUUCAUGUGCAGAAUGUGGAAAAUAUUUUACUCAUAAGUUUUCUCUGGUUAUUCAUCAAAAAAGCCACAGAGGAGAGAGGCCAUUUUCAUGUUCAGAAUGUUGUAAAUAUUUUUCUCAGCAAUCAAUACUUAUAAGACAUCUAAGAAUUCACACAGGAGAGAAGCAAUUUUCAUGCCCAGAAUGUUGUAAACAUUUUUCUCAGAAAUCAAUACUUAUCAGACAUCUAAGAAUUCACACAGGAGAGAAGCCUUUUUCUUGUUCAGAAUGUGAAAAACAUUUUACUCAGAAAACAAAUCUUGUUAAACAUCAAAUAAUUCACACAGGAGAGAAGCCAUUUUCAUGUUCAGAAUGUGGGAAAUGUUUUACUCAGAAAACAGAUCUUGUUAAACAUCAAAGAAUUCACACAGGAGAAAAGCCAUUUUCAUGUUCAGAAUGUGGGAAAUCUUUUACUAGGAAAUGCUAUCUUCUUGAACAUCAAAAAAUUCACACAGGAGAGAAGCCAUUUUCAUGUUCAGAAUGUGGGAAGUGUUUUACUCAGAAAAUAGAUCUUGUUAAACAUCAAAGAAUUCACACAGGUGAGAAGCCAUUUCCUUGUUCAGAAUGUGGGAAAAGUUUUUCUGUGAAAUCAAAUCUUAUCAAACAUCUAAGAAUUCACACAGGAGAGAAGCCAUUUCCUUGUUCAGAAUGUGGGAAAUGUUUUUCUGUGAAAUCACAUCUUAUCCGACAUACAAGAAUUCACACAGGAGAGAAGACAAUUCAGAGCAAUAAAUGAUGCAGAUAACACAUCUAUAUAUUAACCAUGUACAUAGGAUAUCUGACAUUUAUACAUAUAUCAUAUACUGCAUCUCCAAACUUGUUCCCAAUUGUUAAUAAAAGUUUUAUUUUAGAACGUAGUCACCGAUCCAGCGAUGUCAUCACUAUAGUUUACAUGGUAGGAAAAGAGUGUGAUAUAUGGUUGUGAUAUUCACUGCUCCUCAUGGAGAAGACCCAACAGGCAUAAUCCAUGGGGAGCUGCUACUGGAGACCCAAACACCUCACAGAGAAGGGACUUAUUCCAGUGAUGAAGAAUUCCAGGACAUGACCAGAUUAGAGACACAAAAUCACUUCUAUCUUCUGGCUUCUAGGACAUUAUUCUGAUGGAAGAACUUUACACAUUAUAAAAAGUCCUGUAGGUGUUGGGGAACAUUUAUAGACAAUUGUUGGCUCCGGCUGUCAUUGCGUACCAUAGGCCACCUGCCUCCAUAUUACACAGGUCUGAUGAGGGAACAGGGUAAGUAAGGGUUAAUGUUUGUGGUUCUAACAAUAACUGUACAAGGAUAUAUAAGAAGUAAGGAACAUAUGAGGGUAAGGCUAUGUUCACACGGUAAUGUACGCACAGGAAAUCUCUGUGAGGACUCUGUCCCUGAAUACAGAGCUAGGACCACUCGGGAAUGCGCCGUCCCAUAGACAUGAAAGAAGGGGGCAUGGCAUGAUGUCACUAGGGGGGCGUGGCUUUGACAUCCCAUCCUGGUCUCGGAGGUAGUGCCCAGCACAGAAUGAUUGGAGCUGCCCAGAGAUUACGGGGGUCCCUAGAAGCGGGACCCCUGCUAUCAUACAUCUUAUCGCCUAUCCUUUGCAAAAGAUGUAUAAACCCGGAAUACCCCUUUAGGAGGUGUCAGGUAAAGUGGAGAGGAGGCAUGAAAAAGAAGGUCCAGGGGAGAGGUGGUGUGCGGUCUGCCCCGGGUGCCACUGACCCCAUAUAGUAACAUGCCUGCUGUCCCUGGAAAUCUUCUGUCCGGCUCUCUGCUGCUCCAACAAACUCACUUUACUGUGCCAUCAUUGGUCUCCCUGUGCAGAACGUUCUAUGUUUUCCCGGGCUGUCCGUGUCUGUAUAGUUUCUCCUCCCCGCGGUCAGCACGUUGUCAUCUCUCUCCCUGGUGUAGGUAGUCAGACACUGGUUGGGUGCAAUGUAGGAGAUUUGUUACCGAGGCUGCAUGUAUGUAACCCUCACUGCCUCCCGUCUUUAGGUGGACACAGGGCUGGUUGUGUGAUUGAUUAGAUGAGAUCAAAGUGCAUAGUGCCUUCCUGACACAGGACUGGCAUUGCCAUACAUCCCUCUGCUUUCAAUUCUCAGCAGCAUGCCCCCUUCCUGCAGGGCUGGUGCAAGGAUUGCCACACUAGCUAAUAGCUAAUUUAACCAACCCUUGACCCCACCCAGGAAGUUCUUUUCUUUGUGAAUUUAUUUUCUGUCUGAUCACAGUGUUCUCUGCUGACACUCUUUUUUUAUUAUAAAAGUACAAAACUUAUACAAAAACACAAAAGAAGCUUAACCAGCUAUAACAUAAAUAAGAAAUACACUGGUACCAAAACACAAAAAGAAAACCCUGCGGUACGUAACCUCCCUCUUGACUAGGUUCAUCCUGUUCCCCAUAACAGUUGGAAAAACAGGCUGUAGAUCCUAGUAUAGUAAGCCUCUGGCAAGAUGCAUACACUGCCCAGAUAGAUAAACAAGGGGAGCAGGUAUGAUUUGAUCAGAUGUACCCUUUCCCUGAGGGUCAUAGACCAACCCUUCCACUGGUCCACCGUCUGAGCGGCAUCCUGGCGCUUACCAUCCCAGUUUUUGGCAGGAUAAUCAUCCUGGCCGAAUGUGAUGCCUAAGACUUUUGCUGAUUCUUGGGGCCCUGGAAGGGUGUCCGGGAGAUCAAACGUGGGAUCUCCCCCUCCCAGCCAGAGACUCUCACACUUAUCCCGGUUGAUCUUAGACCCGGAUGCCUCCGAGUAGCGGUCCACCUCCGACAUCACCACAUCGACCUCCUCUCUCUCUCUCUCGAGAGAGAGAGACGAAAAUAGUGACAUCGUCAGCGUACGCCAACAUUCUCUGGGUGACAGCCUGCUCCGCCAGACUCAUCCCGAUUCCCGCGAAUGGUCCACGACUCACCCUCCUAAGGAAGGGAUCGAUCGCAAACACAUAUAAGAGCGGGCUCAAAGGACAACCCUGACGGACUCCGGACCCCACCUCAAAAGAGCGGCCAGACCACCCGUUCACCAGGGGGAGACUCUCUGCCCCUGCAUACAAGAUCUUAAGCCAAUUAACAAAAGUACUCGGUAAGCCAUUUCUCAGGAGGACGAACCAGAGGAACUCGUGGUUCACCCGAUCAAAUGCUUUGGCCUGAUCCAAGGACCGCAAGUACCCCUUCCAGAGACCGGCACAACCCCCGCCCCACUGCCUCCUUGACACUAAGGACAGCACUUAAGGUUCUUCGGGUUGGAAUAGUGCAGUACUGGGCCUCCGAAAGGUGCUGGGGUGCAAACUUCACCAGCCGAUUAAACAGUAUCUUGCGUCUGGCGAGUGGUACCUCCCGUAAUCCCUCUCAAAAACCAAAGAUGCGUGCCUAUCGUACUGACACCUCAUCAACAAGGACUUCACUCUGGAGAUAUCCUCUCGGCUACCUCCAGUCAAGACGAAAAGUUCGAGUUUCCUCCUCAGACCCUGAUACAGGCGAUACCUGUUCAGGGACCUGAGGUUCCAGAGCUGGCGGAAGAACCCCGCAACCCGCUUCUUGAAUAUCUCUCACCACUCCAGCUUAUUACUACAAAGAUCCAGUAAAGGUACCUGACUCUGAAAAAAAUCCUCAAAGGAUUGUCUUAUCUCCGCUUCCUCCAGGAGGGAUGAAUCCAGCUUCCAAUAACCUUUUCCCAUCCGGGGGGUCUCUGAAACAUUCAGGAAAAACAAAAUCAUACAGUGAUCGGAGAACUCCACCUCAACCACGGACACUGCGGAAGAGAUGGCUUCCUCCUUUAAAUAAAGCUUAUCUAUCCUAGACCUGCGACUAACUUGAUGAUAGGUGGAACCCGCGUGGCCCGAGGGGCUCCGGAUGUGGGUGUCCUCUAGGCGGGCUUCUCUAGCUAAGCUAAUCAGUGCCACACUAUCGCAAAUCAGUGGACCAUUGGAGCCUCUCCUAUCUUGGGACCUCGUGACAUUAUUGAAGUCCCCUCCAAAGAUCACUUGCCGACUCUUAAAAAGAAAGGGCUUAAUCCUCAUAGAGAUCUUUACGGCCCCGCUUAGUUUGCGGGGCGUAGAUGUUGAUGAGCCGGUGCUCUUGUCACUUCAUGAAGACAUCUAAGAUCAGGCAACUCCCCAUUUCUAAUUCAAUAACCCGUCGGCAUUCGACAGGAGCAGUAAAAAGGACUGCCACCCCACUAUACGGCUUAGCCGCAAGAGACCAGUGGGAGGGACUGUGCCUCCACUCUCUUCUGGCUUUAACCAGAGAGGCUAGAUCUGACAACCUGGUCUCCUGUAAAAAGAAAUUGUCGGCUUCAACGCGGCCGAGAAAAUCAAAGGCUGCAAAUCUAGCCGUAUCAGACUUUAUGCUGGCACAAUUAAUGGACGUCAAUGGGGUGAGUGCCGCCAUACAGGGUGAUUGAAUUAGAUGGCCUCACCCUUUAUUUCUUUUUCCCCUUCUUUUUAUCCCCCGAAGACGACGAGAGGGCAGGACCACUCUUACAUCUUUUUUUUUACUCCGAUUGGUCCAUAAGGUCCCCGUCUCCGUCCGGCCCCGGUCUAGCCCUGCCCUCCGAGGAAGGUGCCUUGACAGGACAGGGCUAAGUUCCCCCCAGAGGAUCUUUCUCCCGAGGCACCCCGUCCUCACCUUCCCCCUCCAAGGAGGGGGAGGAGAUGGUAUCGAGGACGAGGUACUGGUUUGACAGGUCAAUCAGAGGGGGCAGUCAGGCUUCCGUUUUGGACCUGACCCACAGUACAAGGAACAGAGGGCUGUGACCUCUUCUUUCUCCCUUUCCUUUUGCCCUUGUCUUUCUUUUUUAGGCCUCUCUCCGCUCUCCUCAUCCACACUUUCAUAGUGGGAGGAAUCGGAAGGGUCGGCCAUAUUGCCUUCCUCUUUAUGAAGCCUCCUGAUCUCAUCCAGCACGUUCUCCUCCAGGGCUUCAGCGCUUAAAGGGCCAGCUUCAGGAGCAGGGGCUGGAGCUACCCCCAUCACCUGGGCACUCUCCAUCUCCCUACUCCUUCUACAAUUUUGCUCCUGCCUUAGUUUGGCGGGGCCCUUUUUCCUCCUCACUAGCCCUGUUGUGCCCCUAUCCCUGUCUGUACCCUCCCCAGCCGAGGCAACUUCACAGCUCUCCUCAGCCGGAGCGGCCGCAGCACAGGCGAAGGCGCUGGGACAACGGCUAAAAGUGUGCCCGAGGACACCACACAGGUGGCACCGGAUCUGCCUGCAGGAUGCAGCCAGAUGACCCACCCCACCACACAAAGCGCAGACCUGCACUGUACAGGCUGCGCUAAAGGGGGUGGGGCUGCCACACCUGUGACAGCCCUUCGGCUGCCCCUGGUAGAAGACCUGGAUCCAUCACGUCCAAGGAAGGCGGCUGACGGAAUGUGGGCAACCAUACUACCUGAACACUUGAGUUUGACGGAAAACAUCCAGGCCCCAGACCAGAUCCCGUGCUCAUCAAAGUUUUUCUUGGGCAUGUCCUUCACAUCCCCAUACCAUCCAAGCCAGGAAUUAAUGUCAUAACAAGAAAGUGACUUGUUACGGGUCAAAACAGUCACCUUCUUGACAGAGUUCUGAAGGGAAAUCGCCUUUACGGCGAAAUCCCGCCAGCCGGGCUCGUUCUUUGCCACUUCGUAGUUUGACCAGAAGAGUUCAAGACCCUCUGGCCAAACGAAACUGACGUCAAACUCAGACGAACCGUAGGGGGAAUCAGGGCAAAGAUGUCACUCGCCCUGAAUUUCAUCUGAAGGAGGAGCUCAACCACUUUGGCGCGAGGUGGGCAUGCAUCCUCGCCCCCUCCAAAUCAGACGGACCACAUUCCUACGGUUGUUGUCCUGCCCAGGUGUCGGGAGGGACCAUACCACCUCCCCAUUCUGCUCUCGGAAUGCCCCCAAACCGUGCCUUUCUAUCCAGAAAGAUCGGUCGACCUCACCCCUCCCCUCUACCUGAAUCGACCUGUUGCUCCUACGCAGAGCCUCCAGGAGGCGCUGUUGCAAAUGGCCUCCAGAGCCGGACGGAGACGGGGACCCCCUAGAACCCCCGGCAGUGACAUUAGCAUAGCUCCUAGGAGCAGUCACUACCGAGGGGGGGGGGCAGCUGGACCAGAACCAGGCCCAGAACCACCAUUCAUACCACUACUACUCCCACCAUCAUUCACUCCACUGACACUCCCACAUACACUCCUCUCAUCCACAACACUUCCACACUCCGCAUUCUCACAUCCUACACUCUUAUCCUGACUAACAGAUUCUGGGCUGGCUGGGACUUGUAGUGUUGCAGGUUUUAUUACACUCUUCUUUGCUGGCUUAGCUGCCGGGGUCGAUGCUGAUGGUUCCUUCUCCAUGGCUGAAGUCACUUCUGGAGUCUGGGGCUUCCCCUCAGAGCGCACCCCUGCUCCUCCCACAGUGCCAGCACCUGCUUUGCCCGACCGCACGGGCUCUGUGGAUGAUGCCAGCGCCUGGACACUCCCCCCCCCCCCUCACAGAGGAGUGCCCCGCAGCGCCCACAGAAUACACAGUACUCGGAGGACCACCCCCCGAGCACACAGACCUACCACUCUCCUCCACCGACACCUGGACACUCCCCCACCCCCCUCACAGGGGAAUGCCCCGCAGCGGCGGUAAUGCCCACAGCACUCAGGGAACCGCCCCCCGAGCACACGGCAGCAUAGCUUGCCUCACCACUGCCCAUCAUGAGCCCAUCCUGCCCCUCCCUACCGGCAGGAUGGAUGGGCUUCACAUGUAUUGCACCCGCUGUCUUUUCUGACGCCAUGCUGUACCCCCAUGCUGGCUCCGUUCCACCACAGAAACGGGGUCUGGCAGUCUGGGGGGCCCAGCAGCCUGAACCAGCUUUGCAGCUGGCCCAGACUGCUGGAAAGGAACAAACACAUACUGCACAGUUUCCUGAAUCUUCUGUUUUUUAGCCUUACGCUUCACUGCCCCAUCUUCACACUGGUCCUCUCCAAAGGUAAAAUGCUGGAGGUGGGCUGGGGACUCCUGCAUUACCAUUGCCUUCAAUAAUCCCCCAGCCUCACUCUCCACAUCCUCCUCACUAUCACUUGAUGGUAGUGCCACCUGUGCCGACUCAAUGUAGCUUUCCUGUGUCUGGGUGUCAUAGGGAGUAGCUACAGGAACAGCAUCCAUCUCCACCACUUGUGCACUUUCUUACACCUUCUCCUCCUUCUCCUCCUUUACAGCUUCACCACCAUCCUCACUAUCUUCACCUCCACUACUCUCCCCAUCAUCCACCUCCACCUUACCUGGGGAUUUCAUGCCGGCAAACCGAUCUUCAUUCACAAGCUUCUCCCGGAAGAGACUGCUCCCCUCAAGGAUUUCUGCCCUCCUCUCCUCCAGCUUUAGGAUCUCAGCCUUCAGGGCUGUGACUCUUUUCUUCAGCUUUGACUUAUUCCUCCUGGACCCAGAGAUUGCCAGACUCUGGACUCUGGGCCCCACCCAGCUCCUCUCUUUCCAGCCUGAGCUCCUUACUGCAGCGGUCAUAAUCCGCAAACCUUGCGGUCAUGCGGGAGCAGUAAGUGGAGCUGGACUCUUUGGACCCUCUUUCAGCCCACAUCUCCACACACUUUCUCCCAGCCUUUCUUCCACUUCUGGAUCUCUGGCUUCAGACUCUGCCAGAUCUUCGCCCCCCUGGCCGGAAUGGCUGUCGCUGUUUGCUCUGAAACCCCCCCCCCCCCCCCCGCCAGCCUUAAAGAACGGGAAGUCCAUGUCAGGAACUGUCCAGAGUAGGAGCAAAUCCCCAUAGAAAACAUAUGCUGCUCUGGACGGUUCCUAAAAUGGACAAAGGUGUCAGCAGAGAGCACUGUGGUCAGACAGAAAGGAAAUUCAAAAAUAAAAGAACUUCUUGUGAAGCAUACAGCUGCUGAUAAGUACUGGAAGGAUUAAGAUUUUUUUAAUAGAAGUCAUUUACAAAUCUGUUUAACUUUCUGGCACCAGAUGAUUUAAAAAUUUUUUUCCAGUGGAGUACCCCUUUAAAAAAGAAAUCAAAACCAUAUUUUCUGAGAUCCAAUGGUUAAAGAAUAAAAUAACUGACCCAGAGGAUAAAUCUUGUCCGUGUAAUCUCCUAAUUAUUGGCAUCUCUGAGGGUCUCGAAAAAAAUGACACUGUUGGUUUUUCUCAGAGUUGGCUAAGUGAAACUAUCGGUAAAGAGAACUUGUUUCCAUCUUUUAAUGUCAAGCGAGCGCACAAAGCAGCGGACAAAGCUGUUGUAGUAGGAGCAAAUCCUAGACCUAUACUAGUGAGAUUGUUUGGUUAUAAGUACUGUGAUGUUAUUUUAAAGAAAAUAAGAUCUAUUGGAAAUGUAAAAUGUAACAACUCUAGGGUCUCCAACCCAGGGGAGGCAACAGAAUGGACUGAAACUUUAGAUAACAUGGCAGUGGGGUAUUGACAAGGUAUAGAGGUCGGAGUUUGCCUUAGGUGAUUCGAGUCAUUGGGGGUGAUGGGAGUUAGCUACUGUCGGAGGUAUUUUCCCUCUUCUUUCUCUCUAUUAUGGUACAUGCUCUCAAUUUACCCAAGUGCAAGUAAAAAGUUCAAGUGUUCACACAAAAAACUGUGCACAAGGAUGUGGUCCAUCACAAGCCCUUAUACCAAAAGGAGAGAGACCCCCAAUAAACCAAACCCUUCGCCACUGGGCUAAAAAGGCACCUGGAGGGUUCCAGGAACAAUGUCCCCUUUUGCCGAAGCUACUCGGUGUUAACCAAGUUGCUGCCGAGGAACCAGUAAAUCUGGUUCGGUACUCUUGCCGGUGCAGGAAUGGCCGGAGUAUGGCAAGGAGGUGAGGAACGAAUAGGAAAGGUACUACACUUCAUCAUAGCCAAAAGGCCUCAGAGCGAUAAUGGAACUGGAUUUCCCAUAACAUGGGGGUUAAUAUGUUAUGGCCCUAUUGAUUUUUCUACCCCUUUGGAAUGAGUGGAAUUUUAAUUUUUGUACAUAAGGAUAGGUAUUAAUGACUUAGGGAUUUACUGCACUUGUACCAUGAAAGAAGAAGAAAUGGGAAGGAAAACAAAUAUAUAAACUAUGUAACCAGGAAAAGGAAAAGUACAGAGAUAUAUAGUGAGCAAUUGGCACUGGAAAAUACCAAACAAGUAAAUGCACUAAUGGAUGAAGAGGUGGUGUCAGAUGUCCGGUAUGAGUCGAUAGCGGUGCAUCACGUGUAAAAUAAAUUGCAAUCCAUAAUGUAAAGAAGAAGGAGAAAUGGAGCACUCACACGAUCACUGUCCUUCGGGUCAGUCGGUGUCUCAGCUCCCCCAAUUCCACCAUUGCCUCCCUGCAGAAGUCACCAGAAUCGGGACCUCUGUUUCAGCAUCUGAUCCGAAGGACAGUGAUCGUGUGAGUGCUCUGUUUC